AGUGUGUCAGUCCUGGCGUGAAUUUGAGCGGCAUCGGUUCGGCACUGGUUUGGUGAAGUGAGAUAUUGAAGAGGUUGUGGAGGUUUACGUGGCAGUAGAGAAUUCGACUAAGUGGAAGAGGCGUUAUACUAAGGACGUUUUUACUUUGGCGGGAAUUCACACGGGCUCAACGCAAUUCACCGAUAAGGUGAAGGCGACGAGAACUGCCUACGGCCACCACCUCUGCCAAUAUGACAUCCAACGGACGAAAGUUCCUUCUUCUAGUGGAGAAAAAUUGGAUCAUCCAGAAGCGGCACUACUUACAAACGUUGUUCGAAAUCGUCAUUCCGGUACUGUGCUGUUCCGUCUUGCUGCUAGUUCGCGGUCUCGUGGAACCGGAAUAUGUCUCCGAACCGUCAAUUUUCCGUCCAUUAGCAACGGACUUGCUAAGUAGUCGGAUUUCAAUCGUCAACGGCGAGGAAAUCUUCUACCGAGUGGCCUAUUCUCCCGAAAACCCUAUAUUUGAUCGAAUAAUGGCCGACGCAGCCAUCUCCUUAAACAUCACAGCAACGGGAUUUUCUAACGCUCAAGCAAUGGAGUCAACCCUCAUGAGUCUCAAUCUUUUAUGCGGAGUGGAGUUCGAUGAUUCUCUAUCGAAUGCAACCACCCUUCCGGAAAAGUUAACCUACGCAUUGCGCUUUCCCGGAGAACUCCGUUUUGGUGGUGGACUGCUCGCGGAUUGGCAGACUCGUCUGCUGAUGGUGCCGUUCACACCGCGUCUUCGCGAGCCUUUCUCUGAUGACGGCGGAUCACCCAGCUAUUUUGCCGAGUUCUUUCUCGCCGUGCAGACGGCAGUAUCCAAGGCUAUCAUUAGAGAGCGCAAUCCAUCGGUGGACAUUCCACCCGUUUUCGUUCAGCGUUUCCCAUAUCCACCGUACUAUGAUGAUCCAAUUCUGCAAGCCAUGGAACAGUUGCUGUCAACGAUCAUACUGCUGUCGUUCUUCUAUACGUGCUCCGUGAUGGUGAAGCACAUCGCUGUAGAGAAAGAACGACAGCUGAAGGAAGCGAUGAAGAUCAUGGGGUUACCGAACUGGCUGCACUGGGCUGCAUGGUUCGUGAAGAACAUUCUUCUGUUGGUGAUUACGAUAUCGUUUGUAACCGUACUGCUUUGUGUCUCCAUCAAUGGUGCCGCCAUUUUUGAGUACUCAGACUGGACUGCCGUAUGGUUCUUCCUAUUUAUCUACAGCAUCACAAUAAUUUGCUUCAGCUUCAUGAUGAGUGUCUUCUUCAAGAAAGCUAACAUCGCCGCCGGUAUCGCCGGGCUGAUGUGGUUCGUGUUCGCGAUGCCGUUCAACAUGACCGCGUCGAACUACGACAGCAUGGCAACCGGAGGCAAGGUAGGUCUAAGCUUGUUCUUCAACAGUGCCAUGUCGUACGCAAUGAUGAGCACCCUACGAAUGGAAGCGAACCAAGUGGGACUGCGGUGGAGCAGUCUGUUCACCCCGGCCACGAUCGACGAUGGGUUCAGCGUGGGCUUAGCAAUCGUAAUGCUACUGGUGGAUGCCGUCAUAUAUCUGGCGAUUGCUUUGUACGUAGAGCAAAUAAUGCCGGGUGAGUUCGGAGUGGCAAAACCGUGGAAUUUUCUGUUCAAGAUCGAAUUUUGGACAAAACGUGCUCCCAAGGAGAAAGAUGUUCCUCGUAAGGUGCUUGAGAGACAGCAGUCGAAGUUCUUUGAAGAGGAACCAACCUCAACACGCGCAGGAAUUGAAACGGUGAACCUUCGAAAAGUGUUCAGUGGAAAUAAGGUGGCGGUCGAAGGGCUGAAUGUUAAAAUGUACGAAGAUCAAAUCACGGUUCUGCUCGGACAUAACGGAGCAGGCAAGACCACAACCAUGUCCAUGUUGACGGGCAUGUUUUCGCCAACUUCCGGUACGGCGUACCUCAAUGGACAUGACAUUCGAACUGAUAUUGAGGGUGUCCAGCAAUCGCUAGGGUUGUGUCCACAGCAUAAUGUCUUGUUCGAUGAAAUGACCGUCAGCGAACAUCUGAAGUUCUUCGGGAGAUUAAAAGGUGUAUCGAAUGCAGCCAUAAACAGUGAAAUAGACAGAUAUUUAAAAUUGUUGGAAUUAGACAAUAAGCGCAAUGCUCAAUCGCAUACCCUUUCCGGGGGUAUGAAGCGAAAACUCGCUGUAGGAAUUGCUCUGUGCGGUGGUUCUAAGGUCGUACUAUUGGAUGAACCGACAUCAGGGAUGGAUCCGUCGGCACGGAGAGCGCUUUGGGACUUGCUGCAGAAGGAAAAGAAGGACCGUACAAUGCUGUUGUCUACGCAUUUCAUGGACGAGGCAGACGUUCUGGGUGAUCGCAUCGCCAUCAUGGCCGACGGAGUACUGAAGACUGUUGGAUCGCCUUUCUUCUUGAAAAAGACAUUUGGCGUUGGGUACAGACUGAUUUGCGUUAAAGGAGCUUAUUGCAAUAAGGAGCUGCUGUGUCACAUUUUGAGAACAUAUAUUCCAGAUAUACGCGUCGAGACCGAUAUUGGUUCGGAGUUAUCGUUUGUGUUGCAUGAGAGGUACAUCGGAACUUUUCAGAAGAUGUUGGAAGAGCUGGAGAAUCGAAUGAAGGAAUGUGAUGUGGCCAGCUUUGGAAUUUCUUUAACUACUAUGGAGGAAGUAUUUUUGAAAGCCGGCAGUGACUCGUUUGUGGAGAGUGAUUACUCCAACGGAAAAUCGGCUUAUGAAACAACUAUCCAGAAAGAUAUUCUGAGUAAUAUGAGCCUUCUGACGGGAAACAACCUGCUUAUGAGUCAAACCAAGGGACAGUUUUUGAAGAAGAUGCUAUCCUCACUUCGAUCAUGGGGUUCGCUACUCAUUCAGAACGUUAUUCCGAUUUUUUUCAUCGUAAUGUCAUUCUUAAUCGUAAGAAGUUUUUCAAGCGACCAAGAUCUACCACCGCUUGAGAUCGCUUUGGAUUCCUAUAAAGACACUGUAACUGUUCUGGAUGGCGAUUCCACAAGCGAUGCCCGAACCAAGGCCUACCAGAACUUAUUCAGCGAUAUUGAUGGAUCUCAUCAACUGAUAACUGUUCCGAAUAGUGUGCCAGAAUUUAUUCUAGAAAAAUCUGUGACGGCCAUUUCCGAAAUUAACAUACGCUAUCUCGUUGGAGCCACUCUCAACGACACAGCAUACACUGGUUGGUUCAACAACAAAGGCUAUCACACAGCGCCCCUGGCCCUGUCACUGAUCUACAACUCCAUUCUGAGUGCCGAAUGUCCAAACUGUGAGCUAACAGUAAUCAACAAGCCGUUGCCGUUCCAACUAGAGACUACGUUAGUGAUCAUCAACACCGGAAUCAACGUCGGAUUUCAGCUAGCCUUCAAUAGUGGCUUUGCAAUGGCUUUCGUCGCUGCUCUGUUCGUUCUGUUCUACAUCCGUGAGCGAACUUCCCGUGCCAAACUACUGCAAUAUGUCAGCGGAACCAACAUCGCUCUUUAUUGGGGCGUUGCCUUCGUUUGGGACUAUCUCAUGUAUUUGGUAACUUGUCUGCUGUACAUUGCUACCCUUGCCAUCUUCCAGGAAGAAGGUUGGUCCUCCUUCACAGAACUUGGCCGCGUAUUUCUGCUGUUGAUGCUUUUCGGAGUGGCAUUCCUUCCAACUACAUAUCUCAGCUCAUUUAUAUUCACGGUACCGGCCACAGGGUUCGUAAUUGUUAUGCUGAUCAACAUCGCUUCCGGAGCUAUACUCUUCACCGCUGUUGUUUUACUUAAGUUCGACGGCAUUAACUUGGACGACAUCGGCAAUGCUUUGGAAUGGGUCUUCAUGUUCUUCCCGAACUUUGCCCUAACACAUGGACUGAACAACAUCAAUCAGAUAACCAGCACUAACUUGUUCUGUCAGAAACAGUGUGAUCUGAUCGAGGGUUGCUUAAUGGACAACAUCUGCGCGUUGGACUCAAGAUGCUGCGUUCCAGAUGUGUUCUCUUUCGACGAACUCGGCAUAAAUCGUAACCUGCUGUUUCUUGCCUUCGUUGGAGCAUCUUCGUUUUUGUUAAUCUUGGCAUUUGAGUACCGCUGGAUUCACAGAGUCAUCGACGCUGUGUACAAACGUAAGCUCCCAUGGUCACCUGUCCCAAUGGAUGAAGAUUCUGACGUUUCGGCAGAAAAGGCACGUGUUCAGGCAAUGUCACCUAUCGAGCGGAAUCAGUACAAUUUAGUUAUCAAGGGUCUGACCAAGUACUACAAGAGCUUCCAAGCGGUGAAUAAUCUUUCGGUGGCGAUCGAUCGGUCAGAGUGCUUUGGAUUGCUGGGAGUCAACGGUGCAGGGAAGACAUCCACAUUCAAGAUUAUGACCGGCGAUGAGAGUUUCUCCUCCGGAGAAGCUUGGGUCAAAGGGAUUAGUUUGGUCACCAAUAUGAGUACCGUUUACCAAAAGAUCGGUUACUGUCCGCAGUUCGAUGCUCUCCAUGAAGAUCUGACAGGACGGGAAACGUUGAAGAUUUACGCACUGUUGCGAGGCGUUCGCCGCGAGAACGUCAACAAUGUAUCGCUGACAUUGGCGGAGGAUUUGAAUUUCCUUAAACACAUCGACAAGAAAACAAAGGAAUACAGCGGAGGAAACAAACGCAAGUUGAGUACGGCGUUGGCCUUGAUGGGCAAUCCGUCUGUGGUCUAUUUGGACGAACCUACGACUGGCAUGGACCCGGGAGCAAAGCGUCAAUUCUGGAACAUGAUCUGCAAGGUGCGCAGUUCAGGGAAGUCGAUCGUGCUGACGUCACACAGCAUGGAGGAAUGCGAAGCAUUGUGCACCCGGCUGGCGAUUAUGGUCAACGGGGAGUUCAAGUGUUUGGGCUCGACUCAGCACUUGAAGAACAAAUUCUCCAAGGGAUUCCUGUUGACCAUUAAGGUGAAGAAAAGGGAGAACAUUCAGGAACAGCUGCAAAGUGUUGGAAGGGUUAAGUUGGUUAUUUUGAGCCAGUUCAGUGGAGCUGUUCUGAAGGAGGAGUAUCAAGAUUCGUUAAGCUUCCACGUGCCACAAACGAAUCUGAAGUGGUCGACGAUGUUCGGCAUGAUGGAGUUCAACAAGGAGCAGCUGGGUAUUGAAGACUACGCGCUGGGACAGACUUCGUUGGAGCAAGUGUUCUUGUUCUUCACGAAGAACCAGCGUGUUGCCUAACCAGGAGGUCAACGAAUUGUGUUGUGAUUGCAUAUUUAUUGUGUUGUUUGUGCUGAAUCUUUUAUAAAAUAAAAAUUUGUUAUAUUGAAA